AUGUUCGCCCCUUCUGAGCGUUCCGUCGAGCGGGAUGGUACCUUGUCUGCCCAUGACCUGGAUGAAGAGAUUCCUGCAACCUGCCAGUUGAUCAUAGCUCACCCGCUCGUAGGACUGGAUGUAGAGAAUGUGGUGGUACGCAAUGAGUAUGUCGAGGCGUUGCAAGAUUGUACGGUGCUUUGUCAGACGAGACCGUGGGGUAAUGAAGUUAUAGUUGGUCAUUCCGGCAUAGGUAAGACGAUAUUUCUCUAUUAUGUCUUGGCAUAUCGGCUCCGUUCUCGGUUACCUGCCUUCUAUCAAAACACUGCGGAUUCCGUCCUUGAAUGA